AUGGUCAACGUUCCCAAGAGCCGGCGCACGUACUGCAAGGGCAAGCCGUGCCGGAAGCACACGCCGCACAAGGUGACGCAGUACAAGACGGGCAAGGCGUCGCUGUACGCCCAGGGCAAGCGUCGCUACGACGCCAAGCAGAAGGGUUACGGUGGUCAGACGAAGCCCGUGUUCCACAAGAAGGCCAAGACGACCAAGAAGGUCGUCCUGCGCCUCGAGUGCACCGCGUGCAAGUACCGCUCGCACAUGGCCCUGAAGCGCUGCAAGCACUUCGAGCUUGGUGGUGACAAGAAGACGAAGGGCGCCGCGCUCGUCUUCUAA